UUCACAUUCGCGAAUUGAACGGUACAUACUAUGGCGUCGUGGACAUCUCCUGCUGCGCUCGGCCUGACCGUGGAGCGGACGCUUCGAGAUGCAUCUUCUUCAGGAGACUUGCUGCCUGAAGGAUGGAUCUUACAACUGAUAGAGGAAGGGCAUUCUUGGGAUCGCCUCCCGGCAUUCAUCGACGCCAUGCUGCAGGCCGGCAUGCGCGUCGCCACAAGCAACACAUUCGCAACCUUGCCGACAGUGGACGCGUACCUGCGGGAUCUGCACGCACAGCACGAUCGAGCGGGGACAUCCUCCCGGGGCGGAGUCUGUGGGUACAUGUUCAAGAACAAUGAUAUUGCGUGGAAUUGCCGCACUUGCCAAAUGGACGACACGUGUGUGCAGUGUCAACCGUGUUUUCAAAACUCAGACCACACUGGACACGAAGUAUUCUUCCACCGAACAUCUCCAGGAGGCAUGUGCGAUUGCGGCGACGUGGAGGCGUGGAAACCCGAAGGAUUCUGUAAAGAUCAUACGGGGACGUCCCCCGCGUCGGCCUCCAACGAGUUGCUUCUGCCGCCUGCCUUCGACCGCGUGGUGCAGUGCAUUCUCCACGACUUUGUCGGGUUCAUGACAAAUGUCGCGCAGCGCUCGAUCAACUCGUUCGACGACUUCAAAGUGGCCGAGAAAGGCGAAGCCAUGAAGCGCGCGCACACGGCCAAGUUGGCGGACAAAUCUCAACCGGCGACCACCACGAACCCGGCCAUCUUUCACACCCGCAUCUCCAACGACGACGUGCACACGGACGACGAGCUGGUCCGAUGUCUGGUCGGCAAAGGGUUCUCGGAAGGGUUUGCGGCCGAAUUCACCCAUGCGGUGGACAAGCGCGGGUGCGGCAUGCUCAAGUCGGAUGUGACGCUGGCGGAAGCGUUGAACUGGAUGCGUCAGAUGAAAGAACACGGCAACUGGUUUGCGUCUGUCGUGGACAACACACACUUGGCGCACGAAUGUGCAUGGGAGACGCUGUUUGCAUGUCUGGCGCCGCUGCUCGCCGCGUCGUCGGCGAUCCAAUCCGUCUUGUUUGAGCACUUGUUUGCCCCGUAUCGUGCUAGUACUACUAGUGUGUACGAGAUUCCGGCCCACAAGGUCCCGCUGGCCAUAUUGCUCCAGGCGACGCCAUUCCUCAAGAAAGAACUGGUCAAGGGUAUGAAGCAAGUGUACUUGGCGCUCAUGGGGUCGAAACACCAGAAAACGCGGUUUGCAUCGCUCUACGUGACUGCAUUUCCGCGGCUGAUGAUGCAAUACUGCGGUGGCAUGGGCACAGAGCGGGAAAAUGUGUUUGGGCUGAGUGUGCAGCUGUUUACCACGCCGUCGAUCGUGCACGAGCUCGAGACGCGCGUCGGGUUGUGGGAGGUGGUGCUCUCGACGCUCCAAGAUGCGCUGAGCCUGGCCAAAGUGCCGCUGCCUCCUCCCGCCACCACGCCGCCAUCGACGGACGUAUUUACGUAUGAUGUCAAGCACAUGGCAAUCAAGUAUCGGCGGUACUUUCCACUGCUGCAGGAUAUCAACCACCUGCUCAUGCUGCCGACGAUGACGACGACGUUUGCAUCCACGCACGCAAGUCUAUUCCUCUCCGUCUUGGCCGAUGCGUCGCACAUGAACAUGCAGACGCGGGUGCCCGAGUGGCGGCCCCAUGUCGAGCGCGAGGACAACGCCGCGUGGAUCUCCGCCUUCACCCUCGCCAUGCACCUCGACAGUUUGGUCCUUCCCAACGUGUACAAGUCACUGCGGAUGUCAGGUUCAGGCCAUGUGACGGGUGUGUUAUGGGAGUUGUUUGGUGCGUUCUCGGCGGCGUGGCGCGCGUUCAGCGGCACCGCGCGCCUCUCGUUCAAGCCCCACGCGGGGCUGGGGGCGCCGAUCGUCGCCUACUCGGUGGCGUCACAGCCCGUCUCAUUCCACUACCCUCUCCAUCAAGCGUGGGGUCGUUUUGUGCUGGAAAUGCUUCAGCGCAACUUGUUUCCAGAGCUCAAAGCGCGGGUUACAGCCGACAAUUUAGUCGAUACGUUGAUGGAGUUUCCAUUGAGAUGUCUGGUCUGGUCGUCCCAGAUUGCAUCCAACAUGUGGGUACGCAACGGCAAGGACAUGAUGGUGCGCCAGGUCACGAGCUACUACAGCCUCAGCUCCAACCAUUCAUUCCGGGACCUCGACUUGGUCACGGUGCAAACCUGCCUCGCGCUGUGCGGCGCCAAGAAGCUCCUCGCCGUCUACCUCGACCGGUACGACCUGGUGCCGUUCCUCACGGGCCAAACCGCCGACACAUGGCUGCACAAAGUCUCGACGGAAAAGCGAGCCAUGUACGUGUCCGAGUGCCUGCUCAAGCUCAUUUGGAUCGCGACGGAACUGCCGCCCGUGCCGACGCAGUCUAUCGCGGCGUACCUCCGGCGCGACGUGCUGCACAUGAUCUUGAUCAAGCCGCACGUGUUUUCCCACUUACGAGACCAAACCAACCCCGUGUACUGCAACCCGGGACUAGAGCUGACGUCGGACGACGCCAAGAACCGAGAACUCAUGGCCCUGCUCACGGAAAUCGCCGACAUCCAACCAGGAUCGAACCAAGACAUGGCGCCCGCCAAGUUUACGCUCAAGCCGCAGUUCUACCACGAGUACGACCCCGCCUACUUUCACGUGUCCCCCGUCCACCACGUCGAGGCCCAAGUUGCCCGACAAGACGUCGUGUUCAAGACGUGGAAACCCGAUAGGGACGCCGCGAUCCCGAUCGUCGACCAGCUGCCGCCGGGCCAUCCGGACCUGGUCGUGUGCCGCUCUAUCCUCAUGGAACCCGAUGUGUUUGGCCUGAUCCGGCUGUGCCUAACCGAUCCGCGGCUACAGACGGACGAAAACGUAUUUGCACGCGUAUUGCACAUCUUGACGGUGCAGUUGUACAUGGUGCAAGAAGAGGUGGAGGACACAUGGGCGACUGUGGUGCGGGAGCAGAUCAGCCGAGCCGGCGACGGCAGCGACAUUGACGAUGAUGGAGGAGCGAAGCGUCAGAAGACGCAAGAAGCGGCUUCGGGGUAUGUACCAAGGCCCAUGACAAUCCAUACUAGCAGCAUCCUUGCGUGUCUGGCCAAUCGAGUGGACCGGUACAAGUCAGACGAAUCGACGCAAAAGCCGCUGUGGUCUGCGACACUGUUUGUGCUCAAGGGGUACUUGCAGAUGGAGCGAGCUCACAUGACGGGCGUGGUGGCGACGUACCUGACAACACAUGUGUUUCCACCGCGCGACGAGUCGGCCACGACGCCCGCCACCACGACGUUGGACGCGACCGCGAGAAUUGCGCUGCAAAAGAAGCGGCAGCACGAAGCCAUGGCCAAGAUGAUGGCGCGGCAAUCCAACUUUGCCGCUCAAUUGGAUGAAGACGACAUGGACGACAUGGACGACGCGACCAACGCGGAUGGCCUGGUCCCGCCGCCGGAAUGCAACAUUUGCGCGCAUGUCAAGAAGGACGACGACGACCCGAUCGUGUAUGUGGCGCUCCUGCAAGAAUCCACCCUUCGUGGCAGGUCGGUGGGUCGAACAGUCAACCGGCUGCAGUGGGAGUCACUUCAUGUCCAGCUGUGCCGCCACGCCGUGCAUCUAUCUUGCAUGAACAAGUACUCCUCGACGGUGCGGCGCGAGGCGUCGGUGAGUGCGCAGGCGCAGAUCGCGUUUGAGCCCCAGGCAGGGGAGUUCCUGUGUCCGCUGUGCAAGUCGCUCUGCAACACGUGCGUGCCGUACGUGCCGUCGCCGCCGACGCUGGCGGCCGGCAUGGAGCGGUACUUCCACCACGCAAACGACAUGGACGAGAUCACGACUUGGCUCACGCACGCGCUGCCUGAGCACAUGCACACGUACUUUUCUGUCGAUGGGUCCGUGCCAGCGGAAGGCAGUCGCAAGAUGCCCGCGGCGAUUGAAAUGUUUCUCGGGGUUGCGGGGGUGCUAAAGCCACCGUCGCUGCUCCACGGCGUCGUGCGCGGAUGGCUUGACCAGGUCACCAUGUUGCUUCGCACAGCGUCCAACAUGUUCCACCUUGGCCACCUCCACGGCAUGUCGGCGGCGUUUUGCCAUCUGGACCUGACCUCGGACCUCAACAGCCCCCUGCCCCCUCUCUCCACUCGUCUCGCCUCCGCCUUCCCGCCCGACAUCGACGCCCUCGUCGAUCCGUUUACCGCCCAGGACGACUCCAAGCUCCACGCGGUUACCAUGAUGCUGUCGCAUGUGCGCGAUGUGUUCCCUAUCUAUGCGUCGUCCAACCACGACGGGCACGGCGUGGACGUGCUCUUCCGGACUGACACGACGCCGGCGACCCGCGAUGCGUACUUUUUGCACAUGCCGCUGCUCGAGCAGGACCUGUUCACGCUGCUGCUGCUCGUGAUCAGCGGGUUACAGGACACCUCCGACAUGCUGUGGGCCAUCCGCACGUUUUGCUCGCUGCACCUCGUCCAAGUCAUCUUGCAAUGCAUGCGACCAUUGGACAUACCACAUGACAUCGCGGCCAUCGAUGAGGACGCGGCAGUGCCAGAAACGUCCCCGUACGCCGCUCUCCGCGCGUAUUUGGUGGCCUUGUCGGCAGGACACGUGUCGACGAGUCCGGCGGCCCCAUCAGGGGCGUUGCUGCACUACCUCGUGGAAGCCAACUACACGGAAUUCCUGCGCAAAGCCACGUUGCUGGCCCGCGCGCUUUUCCGCGGGUGGACCAACACGGACGCCGCGGCGCAGUACCUCAACUUUGUCUCCAACUUGCACAUGACCACCGACCUGUCGCAGCUGUGCACGCAGCUGGGGGUGCCGUCGCCGUCGUCUCUGUUGACCGAACAGUCGUGGUGGAGUGGGCCCAUUGCCCACUACAUACCCCAAGUCGACAUGGACAAGUUGCCACCGCUGAGCUUUCUCGUGAAACGAAAUGCCGUCUGGGCCGCCCAUGUGCCCGUGGUUGCCCUUGCGCCGCUCUACACUGACCUGUACACGUCCACGGCGGCGUCGGCUGUGUGCCCGACCACCGGCCUCGUCCAAGAAGCCCCCGCCAUCUGCCUCGUAUGCGGCGCGGUCGUGUGCGGCGGGUCCGACUGCUGCAAGCCCAAUCUCCGCGGCGCGUGCUCCCAGCACGUUGUCGCAUGCAAUAUGGGACACGGGGCGUUCUUCUUGACCAAACAGUGUCAGAUGCUGCUCGUGAGCUCGGGCGGACGCGCGUCCUUCUUUGCGUCCCCGUACGUGGACGAGUUUGGCGAAGAGGAUCACCACGUCCGGCGCGGCCGGCCGCUGUUUCUCCGCCCCAAGCGCUACAUAGCGCUCAUGCACCUGGUGUGGUCCCAUGGUAUCGCCACUGAAGUAUCGAAAAACCGACGCACGUCCGAGCAGUACAUUCGCCCGUACUUUUACUAACAUGGUUGUACAUAUACAGUACUACUAGUAGUACCUAGUAUUCCGAUGUGUGUUCUACUACGGGUAACUUACUGUUGUAUGUUGUAGAGUAAUACUUCGAAGUAUGUAGUUAACCUAAUGUUAUGAUUAAAUUUGGACAGA